CACAGCGGCGCCGUCGCCUUGCCGCACAUCAGCUCCCCGCAGAGGCGCAGCACAGGGGAACAGCAGCCAUGGCGACAGCUCCUCAGGAUAGCCCCGGUCUGUGGAAGACGCGCUACACGAUGGCGCUGCUGUGCCUGCUGGGUCUGGGCAUCAGCCUGGCGAUGCGUGUCAACCUGUCGGUGGCCAUCGUGGACAUGGUCAACGAGACGGCAGUGCUGGAGCGGGACUCCAACGGCAGCGCCCUCCUCUUCUUCGACCCUGACGCCUGUCCGGGGGAGCUGGCGGUCAGGGGUCCAGGUGGCCGCAAAGAUGGUGACUUCGCGUGGGACAAGCAGAAGCAGGGUGAGAUCCUGGCCGCCUACUACUACGGCUACGUAAUCGGACACUUUCCUGGUGGCAUGCUGGCAGAUCACUUCGGAGGGAAGAUCGUAUUCGCAGUCGGCAUCUUUGUUUCGUCUGUGCUCUCUAUUCUAACUCCAGCUUCAGCGUGGGCUGGUGACUACGUCCUGUUUGCCAACAGGCUGAUUCAAGGGACGGUGCAGGGCGGAAUAGUACCUACCAUACAAACUCUUAUCUGCAGGUGGUCGCCAGACCACGAAAGAAGCAAAUUCUCUAUAAUUUUUCUAGGGCUUUACGGUGGUAUGGUGGUAUCGAUGGCGGCAACGGGCUCUCUAUGCGCGACGUCGGUAGGUUGGCCGCUAACUUUCUACGUGUUUGGCGGCAUCGGACUGCUAUGGUGUGUGCCAUGGUGGCUGCUGGUUGCCGACUCGCCGGCGCAACACAAGAACAUCGAUCCAGCAGAACGUCGAUACAUCGAGGCCACUAUACAUUCGAGUGCCAAGCAAAAACUGCCUGUCCCCUGGAAAAGGUUGCUGUCGACGCCAGCUAUCUGGGCCCUGGUUGUCUUCCUCGUGACUCUGGACGUUACUUUCUACCUGCAACUCUCUUCUUUGCCCCUGUACAUCGCCGACAUCUUGCACUUUGACGUGGAAAGUAAUGGUAUCCUGUCUGCUGUUCCUCAUAUCACCGGCUCGAUUGGCAAUUUGCUGUUUGGAUGGUUGGUUGACUUUAUUUACCGGAGGGGCUAUGUGUCCAAAAUUAGUGUGUUCCGUAUCACAAACGCAAUAGGUAUCCUGGGUCCCGCCACGGCGAUUCUGGUGGUGGGGCUGGUGGGCUGCGACUCGGCCGCCAUCGUGGCGAUGCUGGCGUUCGGCGGCUUCUGCAUGGCCGCCCACUGCUCCGGCUUCUACAUGAACAUGCAGGCCAUAGCGCCCAACUUCGCCGGCACCAUCGUCGGCUUCGUCAACACCUUCGGCAACAUGUCGGGCAUCGUCGUCCCGUACGUCGUUGGAGCCGCCACCAAGGCAAACCCGACGCGGGCGACAUGGAACAUGGUGUUCUACGUGGCGGCAGCGGUGGCUGCAGCGGGCUAUAUCUUCUACGCCGUCUUCACCACCGCCGAGGAGCAGUCUUGGAACGUCCCAACCACAGAAAACGGAUCCUCGAAGAAGAACGUCAAGGGCGUCGUAAACGCAGCAUUCGAAGAGAACGACUCGCAGCUCAACAAUCGAAUAUCUUCUAGACUUUAAUUUACGUUCUGCAUCAGGACACAUUGCAGUCGUCUGAAUCAACCUUAUAAAUUAUUAUUCACUAUAAUUUCGACUUCUAUCAGCCAAUUCUCUAAUAGCUGACACUGAUGUUAAAGUUGUUU